AAAAAAAUUUAAUAAACUGUAAAUUUAUUAAAAAAAGAAGGAAAACUUUUGUUCUUUAAUCAUUAAAUAUAUAUUUAACUGUAAUUUUUAUUUUCAGUAAUAGUACUGAAAUAUUACUGUAUGUUCUUCUGCCUUGAAAACAAUAUUUUUAUUACAGUUUUCAUUAGAGAAUGCAAAUACAAAUAAUUUUUUAACACAUUCAAGCUCACCAUAGGACAGUGAAUUCCGAAAAAAGUUCAGAAAUGUUAUUAAAAAGUGGGUGAAAAAUAUUGAACGAAAUUUACGUAUAAUAGACUUAUCCCCUUUUCUACUCUGCAUUAUUUUUAUUAUUAACACACUUAAUUUCCUUAAGACAAACAAUCAUAUUUUUAUAGUACAUAUUUAGAUAACUUUACCUACUAUUGUUAUGUAAAAAAUUAAUAUUAUUAUUCAUUAUCGUUUUGAAAAUUAGUUCUGGUAAUGAUAUUUACCUGAUAGGGAAUACAGAGGAAUUACUUCUUCGAAGUAAUUUACUAUUCUAUAAUGUUUCUUUCUUCUUGACUGAAUUAAAAUUUUUAUUAUGUCAUCAUCAUCAUCAUCAUCGUUAAAGAAAAGGUCCAUAGCAAGCAUAAGCGUUGCUGCGUUUUGUAAAUUUUCUGCCAUUAUUUUUCAGCCGGCUUUGCAACUUUUUGCUUUCUAAACUCUACAAAAACCUGAAUUAAAGUUUGUCGUUUUCUUCAUUUCUUCCUUCGCUUAUAUGAUUUUCCACGUCGGUAAAAUAGUUAUCCGCCCUUGUUCGAACGCAGUAAUGCAGUAAUGUAAAUAGCUUCAUAGAGCGUUUAUACACCUUUAGUAAAAAUUGUCCAGAACUAAAAACUUACGUAGGAGUAAGAGAGACAGGCUGUGUAUCUGUCUCUCUUACUCCAAUAUAAAUUUUGCAUUAUGGACAAUUUUUACUAAAUAUGUAAAUAUGGUGCAUAAGUAUGAAGAGUAUAAAGGUAUACCGGUAUACCAUCUUCGUCUUUUUCAUACUCUCAGUUUUAUAAUACGUGGCAGGGAAAACCCAAUCUAAGAAUUCCUGAACGUUUUCGUGUACAUACUGAUAAAAACUUAUGAAAGAGUAUAUAAAAAAAUUGUGGUCUAAAAUUAUAUCAAAAAUGAUAAAUGUUACUGGACUGAAAAUUGAUAAAAACAAUGAAUUAAUUAGAAACAAUGGACGAAUUUUAUGUACAAUUGUAAACGAAGAGGAUGGUUCAGUUGGUGAAGCUUUCAUUGAAGAAGGGUAUUUGCAGAACAUCUUACCCAACGAAGGGACAGAAGGAAAUGAAGGGAGAGAUUUUGAGAAUACUUCUAGUGCUCCUACCAUUGAAAUUCCCGACGAUGACGAAGACAUUUCAGAAGCUGAAGAAAAGCAUUUUCAAGCAACUGCAUCAGAAGAUAUACAAUUGGAAAAGAAAUGGCCUCCGGACAAUGUCAAAUUACUCAUAACAAGUUAUGAAGAAAUUUGGCAGAAUCCAGCAAACAAAAAAAAGAUGCCCAACACAAUGUGGGAAAUGGUUGUCAAGAAACUAAAUCAAGUUGGCUGUUGCAAAUAUAAUAAAAAAGAUUGCAUGGAUAAAUUCAAGAGUUUAAAGAGAACUUAUAAAAAUCAGAAGAAAAGAAAAGAAACAUCUGGGGAGGGAAACGCAGACUGGGAGCAUUAUGAACAAAUGCAUAAUUUAAUGUUUCAAAAACCAGAGAUGAACCCCAUAGCAACAUCAUCCAAUAUUACCGGUUUUAAAAAAAGUAAACCUAUCGAAACAAAAAAGCGCAAAAUGACUAUAGAUUCGUCUAGCGAUGAAGAAAAGCAAAAUAUCAAACAGCCUCGUAAAAAAAAGAAUAAUUCUGAGAUGGAGAAAAUUUUGGACUUCAUGGAGAAGAAAGAAGAAAACAGAAAUAAAUUUAUAGAGCGUUUUUUAUCUAUACUUGAAAAGAAGUAAAAUAGUACCGUAUUUUUCUAAAUACUUGUUGUUUGAUAUAAAUUCUUUCCUUUUUUUAUUUUAUUCGAUAUUUUUAAAACAAAUUUUUUGAAAUUUUGAUUAUAGAUCACAUAUUUGUUUGAGUGGUUUUGAGGUUUCUUCGACUUUUUGAUAAAAUAUGUAGCAUGCGUUAAACUUUUU